GAUUCCAAAUAUUGAGUUAGGCGAAAAGAAAAAUCGGAUAAUAGGCGCAUUUCCCAAACCAAAGGAAAAAAAAUGACACAAUUUGACCUCCAACCCGAUACCUUGUAACGAUCGACUCGGAGGAUGCGUGCGGCCAGUUUUUCUCAUCGGGUCAGCGUCAAAGUGGGUCGGCCCGCGGGUUGACAACCUUGCUCUUAAGCAUGGCCCUUAACCAUAUACACUAAAUUCUAGACCAUACUAAACUUGAUGUGUAACCACAUCAUCAUACCCCCUAGCACUUAAUUCCAAACUCAAUUUCCAUAAACAUAAACAAAUUCCUUGAGGUGUAGCAACGCAAUAUAACCAAAGGCUGUAGCUCCUACCAAAGCCCUAAAAAUGAUAGGAUACAUAUGUGAAGUGAAAUAAAUAGCAAAUCACUCAACAUGGAGGAGACAAACAUGAGCUAAUAACACUACUUAUAAUCCAAAUUUGGUGGUUACGUUGAUCGCUACAAAGUACAAACUACACUCUUAACAUAUGCCAAGUGGCAAGUGAACCACAGAUAUGCUCGCAGUAAUUAAAAGAGAAAGUUAAUACUAUGAACUGUUGCUUUGCUGGCCUGGCAUGGCUUCUCUCACACCAGCAAUAUCCCCUGCAGGCCCUGUCACUGUUCUCGUCCUAUAGCUUCCUUCCAUGUUAUGCAUUAUUUUUGCAUGUUACGUUGAUAGAUUAGUAGUCGACAAACGAGCAAAAACAUAACACAGACAAAGACCAUUAGCGUUAAUUUAGUCACCAAAAAUGUCAUCACUGACGUCACGUACAUUUUCCCACAUUCCAACAGUAUCGGAUUCAAGGGGUGGCCACCCCGGGUCACGGCCCAGCCCUCCUCGAUCUACGUCCGUGAUUAGUAUGGUCCUUAUGAUCAGUUUAUCGAUUUUAGUAAUUUGGUCCAGUGUUAUUUUAUAACAAGAUUGUGUGUAAUUAGGAAAAUGGGUCAUAUUAUGAACAUUUUCAAAUCACAACUCUAAAUUUUUAGCCUAGAAAAUCUAGCUUCAGUGAUUCUCGUCUAAAGAAAAAACAAACAAUGAAACCAAAAUAGGGAUGGACACACAAUACAAAUUGCUUAGUCGAUUGAUUUGUCUGAUGUUGACAUUGGCCGUUUCAACAACUACUCUGGAUAGAACCUUUUCAAUAAUGAAAAAGGUGAAAAAUGAUUUGCGCAACAAAAUGAGCGAUGAAUUUCUCGCAGAAUGAUUAACUGUUUUAUUUGAAAGAGAGUAAUAUGCUAUUGGUAUGGAUGUAUACUCAAUUACUGAUGAUUCACUAUAUUAAAAGAUCGACGGUACAAUUGAUAUUCUAAAAAAAUUUGAAUUUAUUUUUACGGUAUCUAAUUUUCUAACGAAAUACGGUACAGGGCUCUACUAUACUCUGGAUCAAAAAUGCAUUCCAAUCACCAGCAACCUUAUCUCUAUAUAUCGCGAGCACACACCAACACACAGCACACACCAACCUUAUCUCUAUACUCCGCCGUCCAAAACCAUGACGGCCGCCGAUCAGCAACACCGCCGCCCUCCUCACGUUCUGGUGGUGACACACCCGGCACAAGGCCACCUCAACCCAGCCCUCCAAUUCUCCACGCGCCUGGCAGCUCUCGGAUGCCGCGUCACCCUCGUCACCACCGUCUCCGGCCACCGCCGCAUCGCCAGCUAUUCCCUCCCGGAGGGGCUCACCGUCUCGACAUUCUCCGAUGGAUACGACGACGGAGUGGGAUCGUCGUCCUCCUCCUCCAAGUCGUCCCAGGCCGACGACCAGACGCAGCAGUGGGCGAAUUUCGUGACCCGCGGGUCCCAGUUCGUGAGAGAGCUCAUCGCUUCCAACGCCGAGGGAGGAAAACCUUUCGCUCGCUUGGUGUACACGCUGCUGCUGACGUGGGCGAUGGAGGCGGCGCGUGAGGAGAAUCUCCCCGCGACGCUCCUCUGGAUCCAGCCGGCCACCGUCCUCGACAUCUACUACUACUUCGUCAACGGGUACGAGAAGAUAAUUUUCGACGGCUGCAAGGAUCCGUCUUUUGUCGUGGAGCUGCCUGGAGUCCACGUCAGCUUCACUUCUAAGGACCUUCCUUCGUUCCUCGUCCCUUCAAAUCCGUAUCCUGCGGUUCUCAAAGUAAUGAAAGAUCAGAUUAAAGUUCUGUCCUCUUUCACGGAGGAGGACAGACCGAAGGUGUUGGUCAACACCUUCGACGCGUUGGAACCCGAUGCCCUGAGAGCGCUGGAGGGGAAGCUCGACAUGGUAGGGAUCGGGCCCUUGGUCCCAUCGAGCUUCUUGGAAAGCAACAUCAGUAGUACUACUUCCAACGUUGGAAGUGAGUAUAUGACGUGGCUCGACUCGCAAGCCACGUCAUCGGUAGUUUACGUGUCGUUUGGGACCAUGGCCGUGUUGUCGAGGAGGCAGAGGGAGGAGGUGGGGAAGGCGUUGUUGUGCAGUGGGAGAUCCUUUCUGUGGACUUUAAGGAAGGAGCCAGAGAAUGAGGAAGAGUCGAGAUGGAGGGAGGAGAUGGAGAAGGAGGCUGAGGAGUGUGGAGGGAUGAUAGUCGAGUGGUGCUCGCAAGUGGAUGUGUUGUCACACCCAGCGGUGGGGUGUUUUCUGUCUCACUGUGGAUGGAACUCGGCGCUGGAGAGCAUGUGUUUGGGUGUGCCGACGGUGGGGUUUCCUCAGUUUUCGGACCAACAGACGAACGCGAAGCUGGUGGAGGAUGUUUGGAGGACGGGGGUGAGGGUGGUGGUGCCGGAGAACGACGGUGGAGGGGAUGAUGGUGGCGGUGGCGGCGGUACUGCGGUUGGUGCGGUGGUGGAAGGAGAGGAGAUAAGGAGGUGUUUGGAUUUGGUGAUGGGUGAGGGAGAAGUGGGAGAGGAAGUGAGGAGGAAUCCGAAGAAAUGGAAGGAGCUUGCGAGGAGUGCGGCUGGGGAAGGAGGGACUUCCCACGUCAACCUCAAGGGUUUCGUGGAUGAGAUUGCUAGCUAUAGCUAGGUGACAAGAGGAGAAGAUAUUUUAAUUUGUCGUUACCAUGAAACCGUCUUUCUAAUCGAGUCGCUAGCUGUUCUGGCAAAACCAAAUCAAGAUUAGGUCUGUCAUUUGGAUAUACAUAAUUCUCAUUUGGAGUUCUCACUCAGAGACGUCUAUGAUGUAACUAACUAAUGAAGAUUAGGUCUGCCAUUGAGCUGUUGCAUGUUGUACAAAUGAUUGCUGCAUGCUUCGAUGCAAAGGUGAUCACUUGCUCGAUGGGUUGUUGGGAAUUCGGAUGGGGAGAAAUUGAGGACAAUGUAGUGUUUGUAUUCUUCUUUAUGAAAUACCACAUGUAAUUUAAUCCUUCAUCCAAAUAAGAUAUAUAUUUGAGACCAAUUCCCACUUGCUCACCUUUUAAAUGUAAAAUAAAUCAUAAAUGUAUUUGGGCUGGACAACCCACAAGUUUUGAUAUGACACAGUCAGAGCAUGACACGAGUACGUGCACGAAAUAUAUGGGCCAGACCGGCACGAAAACGAAUAAUUUAUGGAUCUUGCUGCGUCUAAACUUCAUGGACAAGGACACAGAGUACGAGCACGACAAGGUCUAUAAGUGAGUCGGGCCAAAUAUUUUUGAGACAAUAUCGAGUAUAAGCAUGGCAUUAAAUGAAAAAUAUGUAUUUUAUAAAAAAUAAAUAUAAUGAAAAUUAUAAGUUCAU